UAUGUGUUUUGACGGUAACUGGCUGUUUUUGUUCCCCACAAGACUGUCACCUGUUUUACACGUUUAUGUUCAUGAAUGUAAACACAACAUGGCCAUCGUUUAAAUGGGGAUGGAAGAGGACGAGCUGUCGACCUUCCGGGAGCGCUGGAAACACGAGUUAGAUAAAAAGACCAAGACAGACAAAAACAAAGAGGGAUAUUUUGGGCAUCCCAGUAAAGACAGUUCAUCUUGUCCUAAAAACAGUAGUUUUUGGGAGAAACAGAGUGAUGCAGCACAGCAGGCUCAGCCCAGACCAAAAGAGCAGCCGCAGUGCGUGUCUAUCGCGGAGGGUUUGUUGGACGGCAGGACGAGUCCUCUUCUGGACAGAAUCGAGCAGGAGAGAACGCGCAGGAAGCGCGCACCCGAGAGUGAGGCACUCAACACAGGCGCGCCGCCGAAAAAAGUCAACGCAUGCCAUAAACUGCUCGACCAGUUCCUGCAGGACCUGAAUGAGGUGAAUGACAUCCCAUUCUUUGAUGCGGAGUUGCCUUAUGAGCUGGCACUGAAGAUUUUCCAGUUCCUGAGCAGAACAGAUCUGGGACGAUGUGCUCAGAUAAGUAAGCCCUGGAAGGUUCUAGCUGAAGAUGAGGUUCUGUGGCAUAGAUUGUGUCUGAAAGAAGGUUAUCACAGUGGGGCAAGUAUCUCUGACUCCCCCUGCUGGAAGAGCACUCUCAGAGACUGUCGUAACACAGAGAGCAUUGUGAAGGCGAACUGGAAGAAUCGUGUUGGGUCCAUUCUCCACCUGCAGUAUGAAUUAGGAAAGGUGUUAUGUGACAUUAGUUCCUGUGCUGGUCUUGUAAUCGCUGGAUACACCUCCGGUGAUGUCCGCUUGUGGGACACACUUCAUUGGGACACGUCUUACCUGCACCCCACACAUUCCAUCAGAGAUGAGAGUCCAGCACCGCAUGUCAGUCAUGUGCGUGUCAAUAAGGCCAUAGCCACAGCAGCUUAUGAGAAUGGGUGUGUGGACGUUUGGAGCACUGAAACUGGUCUUGAUCCCAUUCAUCAGUACCAGCACCUCCAGAGGGUUCAUGCUCUGGAUCUGAGUCCAGAUAGUCCUGCUUUGGCCUCUGCAGCAGGACCAGAGGUGCGAGUGGAUGCCCCAGAUGAGAAGGGCUACUGGAGAUCACAAUGUCUUGUUCAGUUACCCAAGCCUGUAGAUGGCGUAUUGGUGGUGCCAGGCAGGCGGAACUUCCCUUUGGUCACAGCAUGGGCAGGUGAGAGCGUUUACCUGCUGGAUUCCAGAUGGAAAGAUGAACAGGAGCCAAAACUGCUUCACUCUGUAUAUGGCCAUCCAGUGACCUGUGUAGAUGUGUCAGCCAGCAGAGCUGCUCUAGGUGUCAAGAGCUGCGGAUGGGGCAUGAAUGAUGGAGGCAACAAGAUUCAGGUGUAUAACCUGGAGACCAGCCAAUCAGAGCUGACCGUGGGGAACUCGGCGGGAGACUUCACCUGCGUCAACCUGAGAGACAGCCCCCCUCACCUGCUGGUGUGUGGGAAUAAAGACAGGCGAGUGAGAGUGUUUGAUUUGCGUACUGGUUCCUCAGUGGUCUCCUUAUACGCCCAUCACAUGGGCGUGACCGCUGUCCAGGCAGAUGAUUGGAAGAUUGUCAGUGGUGGUGCAGAGGGAUUGGUCAGUGUGUGGGAGAUGAGGAUAGGAGCCAAACUCUGGGAAAUGCACAACAGGCACCCUGUUCGCCACAUACGCUUUAACACCAGCACCCUAGUGACUGCUAACAUCCCAGAAGAGAAGAACCCUCGGGGGGCUUGUAUCACAGACGAUGACCUCACUGCUCACCGCAGAUACAGAGGACUGAUCUGUCACUAUGAUUUCUCCUUGGACUCAUCUACACAAGAUCAUAUCCUGCCCAUCUGCAGGUCCAACUACACAGAAUCCACUGGUUACAACUACAACAUUGGCUUAGCCAUGCCGUAUGACAUAUUGAAUGGCUCUUAUGUUAACAUAUGAUAUACAUUUGGUCUGGGUUGUACAGAUGAGGUUAGUGUAUAAUUUACUGUUCUAUGCUGAUCUGGAAUCACAUUCAAUUAAAAUACAUUUAUUAUAAUUUGUGAAUGAGAACCUGGACAGAUAUUUUCAUAUAAAAAAGGAAUAGUUCACCCAAAAAUGAUAAUUCUCUCAUAAUUUAUGCUCUGCACAUGCGUCAAGCACAAGGAAGUUUAAUCAAGCUUCAGAUAAUGAUUCAGCAAGGAAACUGCAGAUCUCAAGAUUUAUUGUGAAAAAGGAGUUUCUCAACCAAAACCGAUCCUAUCUUUUCAGAAGUCAUGGAUUAAACCACUUGAGUCGAGUGGAUUACCUUUAUGCUGACUUUUUGGAGCUUGAAAGUAUUGGACACCCCAUUGACUUGCAUUGUAUUUAUCCUUCAAAAAAAACUUUAUUUGUGUUCCACAGAAGAAAGAAAGUCAUACGAGUUCGAGACAGCAUAAGGGUGAGGAAAUUAUUUUUGGGUGGACUAUUACUUUAAGAGUAAUGUACAAGGAAGAGAACACUUAUUUUCUGCUGGAUUUAAAUGGUUUCUCGCCAAAAUGAAUUCUGUUUCCUUCGGGUUUAUCUAGAUGUUUGCUUUUUAAAAGUGUAUCAUGUUUUGUGCUUGUACAUUUGUUUUAGUCCACAUUAAUAUUAAAUCAGAAUCGCAGAACAUGAUUAUGUACUGUAGUUUAUAUACCCAUGUAAUUAUUUGUGUAAUACCUCAAUGACUGCAUAGAAACAUCCAAAUCU